CGUGACAUAUUUAUUAGUUCUUUAUGUUUGUGUUUAUGUCUCUGUAGUGCAAAGGGGAUAUUUAACAUAUGAUGGUCAUUGACUGACAUCCAGGACUGAGUAUGGUGAACAGUAGUAGAGUUACAGAGUUUGUCCUCCUUGGGUUUCCAGACCUUCUCUCCGUACAGAUCUCUCUCUUCUAUAUAUUUCUCGUGUUGUAUGCCGUAACCCUAACAGGAAAUGUACUCAUCAUUGGUGCCACGUCAUUCAGUGCCGAGCUCCACACUCCCAUGUACUUUCUUCUCAGUAACCUAUCGGUCCUUGAGAUAUUUUACACCUCGGUCACCAUUCCGAAAAUGCUUCUUAAUUUUCUUUUGAAGACCAAUUCCAUUUCCUUCAUGGGCUGUGCCGUUCAGAUGUAUUUAUUUAUCGCUCUGGGCAGCAUUGAAUGCUCCUUGCUUGCCGUCAUGGCCUAUGACCGGUAUGUAGCCAUCUGUGACCCCCUGCAUUAUGUGACCAUCAUGGAUCCUCCAACUUGUGUGGCUUUAGCCUUCGGCUCCUGGUUCAGCGGGUUCAUCAACUCAACAAUCCACACUACCCGUACCUUUCAACAAUCCUUCUGUUCCUCCAACGUCAUAAGCCAGUUUUUUUGCGAUAUCCGACCCUUGUUGAACUUGGCUUGCGAUGACACUCUACCGACUGAGCUAAUCCUCUACGUUGUUGGUGGAGCCUACGGACUUGGGUCUUUUGUUCUGACUUUGGUAUCUUAUAUUAACAUUAUUUCCACCAUACUGAAGAUUAGGUCCAAGGAAGGACAACGCAAAGCCUUUUCCACGUGCGCCUCACACCUAAUUGUUGUAUCCUUGUUUUACGGCACUUCCUUGUUUGCGUAUUACAGGAGCAGUUCUGAAGAAGUAACCGAGCAAGAGAAGCUGACCCCUGUAGUCUAUGCCGUCAUCACUCCAACGUUGAACCCGCUAAUAUAUACAAUGAGAAACAAGGAAUUCAAGAUUGCACUAAGCAAGAUGAUUGGGAGAAGGAAACCGGAAAUGAAAAUUCUAACUAAAAAAAGUCAAAAAUUUAUCGUGGCCCAAACAGACUGAAAGACAGUCUCUCCACUAA